AUGAAGUGGGGCUGGGUGUUCCUGGGGGUCUUCCUCUCUUUGGGGGCCCUGUCCUGGGGCGACAAAGGCUUGGAGAUCCCCGAGUACGACGGCAAAGACCGGGUCCACGCCCUCAGCUCCAAGAACUACAAGUCCGUCAUGAAGAAGUACGACGUGAUGGUGAUCUACUUCCACAAGAACGUGGACGGGAGCCGCAGCGCCAUGAAGCAGUUCCAGAUUGAGGAGCUGGCGUUGGAGCUCGCAGCUCAAGUCCUCGCCGACCUGGACGACGAGGACAUCGGAUUCGGGCUGGUGGACGAAAAGAAGGGUUCUGCUGUGGCCAAGAAGUUGGGUCUGGACGAGGUGGAGAGCAUCUACAUCUUCGCCGACAACGAGAUCAUCGAGUACGACGGCGAGCUAGCCUCCGACACGCUGGUGGAGUUCAUCUACGAUGUGAUCGAGGAACCAGUGGAGAUCAUCGACAACGAGCGCGAGCUGAAGGGCUUCCACAACAUCGAUGAGGUCAUCAAGCUGGUCGGCUACUUCAAGAGCGAGAAGUCUCCUCACUUCAUCGAGUACGAUGAUGCUGCCGAGGAGUUCCACCCCUUCGUCAAAUUCUACGCCACAUUUGACCCCAAGAUCGCCAAGAAGCUGAAGCUGAAGAUGAACGAGGUGGAUUUCUACGAGCCGUUCAUGGAGGAUUCCGUCACCAUUCCAGGGAAACCCUACCUCGAGGCGGAGCUGGUGGAGUACAUCGAGCAGCACGACAGGCCCACUCUGAGGAAGCUGGAGCCUCACAGCAUGUACGAGAUCUGGGAGGACGACAUUGAUGGAGAGCACAUCGUUGCCUUUGCUGAGGAGGAUGACCCUGAUGGUUAUGAAUUCCUGGAAAUCCUGAAGGAGGUGGCACGUGAGAACACCGACAACCCAAACCUCAGCAUCAUCUGGAUCGACCCCGACAACUUCCCCUUGCUGGUGCCGUACUGGGAGAAGACGUUCGGUAUCGACCUCUCUGCUCCUCAGAUCGGAGUCGUUGAUGUCGAGGAUGCCGACAGCGUGUGGCUGGAGAUGGACGACGAGGACGACGACAUGCCCACGGCGGACGAGCUGGAGCAGUGGGUCGACGAUGUGCUGUCGGGAAAGAUCGACCCAGAUGAUGAUGAUGAUGAUGAAGAUGAUGACGAUGAUGAUGAUGACGACGAUGACGAUGAUGAUGAUGAUGAUGACGAUGAUGAUGAUGAUGAUGAUGAUGACGAUGAUGAUGAUGACGAUGAUGAUGAUGAAGACGAUGAUGACGACGACGAUGAUGAUGAUGAUGACGAUGAUGACGACGACGAUGAGGAUGAUGAAUAA